UUUGACAGUUGUUAUUUGUCAAAAACACGUGUGUUUACUUGCGCUGUGCAGAAUUUGGUGUGGUUUUUACUUUUAGUGAAAUGCACGAUAUUUAACAAAAAAUGCCUCCAUUUCGUGCUGGAUUACAAAAGAGGAAGUUAAAUGCUGAGGAAGCUAAAGGCAAGCCAGUGAAAGACGAGUCUUCCGACUCCGGAGAGGGCGAGGAUCUGCUGGUUGGUGGUUUGGACAAUGGCGAGGAUGCUACAGACUCAGAAAAUGAGGCUGAAGCUGCUAAUUCUGACACAGAACCAGAUGGUGUAAUGUUUGGUGAUGAUGCAGAUUCAACACUUGGUGAUGAUGAUGAAGAUGAUGAGGAUGAAGAUGACGUGGAAGAGGCAACUGAUGAAUCAUCAGAACUGACAGAUUCAGAGGCUGAUGACGAAUCUGAAGAUGCAGAUGAUGAUGAUGAUGACAAAAGUGAUGAUGAAGAGAGUGCAGCAUCAGACAGUGGAGAGGAAUCCGGGCUCGGACACACCCAUGGUUCCAGUGAUGAAGAAUCAGAAAAAAACACACCCAACAUAGCUAAGAAACAAAAUAAAACUAAGACUAAACCUGAUAGUAGUAAAGAAACUAAAAUUAAGGAAAUAACUAGUUCAAGUAAAGAGUUUGGACCCAAAGAAAAGGAAAAAGUAGAAGUAAAGAGUAAAAAGGAUAAGAAGGGUAAAGGAAAAUCAGUAACAACUAUAGCAAUUAGGGAUAAAUCUAGCAAUGCAGUUGACAAAUUACAGAAACAAAUAGAGGACAGCCAUAUUAUUGAAGGAAAAGAUGAGUACGAGUCAGGGGACUCCUCAGACGAGGAGGACCGUAGGAACACGGUCGGGGACAUCCCCAUGUGGUGGUACAACGAGUACCAGCACAUUGGCUACGACCUUGACGGCAAGAAGAUCAUCAAGCCACCGCAGCGGGACCAGAUUGAUGAGUUCCUCAAAAAGUGCGAAGACCCGGACUUCUGGCGCACGGUGCGCGACCCGCAGACCGGCCAGGACGUGGUGCUCAGCGCCGCCGACCUCGAGCUGCUGGCCCGGAUCAAGAACGGGAUGGUGCCUAAUGCUGACCAUGAUGAGUAUGAGCCGUGGGUGGACUGGUUCUCCCGCGAAGUCCUAGCCACGCCGGUGCGCGCGUUUCCGGAGCACAAGCGGUCGUUCCUGCCGUCGCGCUCCGACCAGCGCCAGGUCAGCAAGCUGGUCCAUGCGCUGAAGAUGGGCUGGAUCAAGACCAGGAAGCAGCUGGCUGAUGAGCGGAAGAAGAAGAAGGAGAAGCAGUUCUACAACCUGUGGGGCUCGUCCAGCAGCGAGGAGGAGCAGCGGCUGCGCGGCAUACACAAGCACAUCGCGGCGCCGCGGCGCGCGCUGCCCGGACACGCAGAGAGCUACAACCCGCCGCCUGAGUAUCUGCUGGACUCUAAGGAGCUGAAAGAAUGGAACAAGCUCAAGGAGACCCCGUGGAAGCGCAAGUACACGUUCCUGCCGACUCAGUACAAGGCGCUGAGACAAGUGCCGGCGUAUGAGCGGUUCAUCAGAGAGCGGUUCCUGAGGUGUCUGGACCUGUACCUCGCGCCCAGGGCUAUUAAGAUGAGGCUAACCAUAAGCCCAGAGGACCUGGUCCCCAAGCUACCGUCCCCACGAGACCUACAACCAUUCCCCACCAAGGAAGUGCUACAGUUCAAGGGACACGCCAACAUAGUGAGGUCCUGUGACUUCGACCCCUCGGGGCAGUAUGUGGUGUCUAGCAGUGAAGAUGGCACUGUUAAAGUGUGGGAGGCGAGCACGGGGCGCUGCCUGCGCACGAUAGACCUGGGCGAGCCCGUCGUCAAGGUGGAGUGGACCCCCGCCAAGGGACUCAGCCUCAUUGCUGCUGCUGUUGGCAACAGAUUGCUGCUUCUUAAUCCUGGCUCAGACAUCGGCGCUCACAAGGUGGCCGCCGCCACGGACGAGCUGUUGGAGGAGCCUCCGCCGCAGCACGACACCGUCAUGGACGAGAGGACGCAGACGGCGAUCCAGUGGGAGAAGGUGACCCCCGAGGAGUGGGCCAAGGGCAUCCGCAUCGCCAUCAAGCACUUCAAGCCCGUCACACACUUAUCGUGGCACGCGCGCGGCGACUACAUCGCGGCGACGCUGGCGGACGGCGACAGCCGCGCCGUGGUGGCGCACCAGCUGUCGCGCCGCCGCUCGCAGCUGCCGCUGUCGCGAGCGCGGGGCCGCGUGCAGGCCACCGUCUGGCACCCAGUGAGGCCUUGCCUGCUUGUUGCUACGCAACGAGUGGUCCGCAUCUACGACCUGGUGAAGCAGGAGCUGGUCAAGAAGCUGCUGACGGGAGCUCAGUGGAUCAGCACCCUGGCGGUCCAUCCGGCUGGGGACAACCUGAUUGUGUGCUCGUACGACAGGAAGUGCAUUUGGUUCGACCUCGACCUCUCGUCCAAGCCGUACCAGACCCUGCGCCUGCACGGCGGCGCGGUCAGAGCCGUCGCCUUCCACAAGCGCUACCCGCUGUUCGCCACCGCUGGAGACGACAAGUAUAUUGUCGUGUCGCAUGGGAUGGUUUACAACGAUCUCCUACAGAACCCGCUGCUAGUUCCACUGAAGCAGCUCCCGGCGCCGGCAGUCCGCGACUCUCUGUGCGUUCUAGACCUGCGCUUCCACCCCACGCAACCGUGGCUGCUCGUGGCUGGGGCCGAUACAACUAUGCGCCUUUACGCUUGAGGAAUGAUAAAUAUAUUCGUAUUGUAAA